CUGGCACGUGAUCUAUAUAGCUGAGUGGUGUUUAUCAUAUGACAAGGUCGAAUAAGAGGCAGUCAAGUGAUCUUAACGAAAAAGCAAGUAUAUAAUUAAUUGUACUCUGGCUAGAUGAGCCAUUAAUGGAGGAUUUCAGUGUCCUUAACGAUUUAUACUACGGCCAGCAGCGAACAGAGCGAUCACGUGAUAAAUCAUGUCUGGAUCUGUAUGUACCCUUCUCGGUUGAUGCCCAUAAACUCAAAUUACCUCACAGUUCCACUAGAAACAGGGAUAACAAGGAAUCGAUUUCCGAUCAUCAACGAUAUGAGAGUUCCUCGACUGUCCCACUAGUUAUUUUUGCCCAUGGUGGUGGCUGGCGAAGGGGUGGUCGCAAAGUAUGGAAACAUUUCUUGAGUUGCGAGGACACAAACAUCGUUGCAGCGUUUCUCACGUGGUAUUAUAACCUAUAUAGCAAUGUUGGUGAAUGUUUGGCAUCCUCUGGUAUAGCUUGUGCUGUGAUAUCGUACCCGUUAGGAAGCGCGAAACUACCUCAAAUGAUCUUCGAAAUGAUGACGUCAUUUGUAGCAGGUGUAUUUGUGUGUACACUGAUUAGCAGCGUUAUAUUGACGUUAAUGUGCUUUCUGGGUAUUUUAGGAUCGAGCUUGGUCGCUUUUAUAGGCGUGGGAAUAAUCAGUUAUAACAGUUUAGUGAUAGUUUUAUUUGCUACAAGAAGCAGGGAGUACAGACUAGAAAAUUGGGAAGUGUUUAGUAUAUGGGUAUUAUAUUUUGGUGCAUUAAGUCAGCUGAUUUAUAUAGUAGAAACAGAUUCCCGUCUAUAUCUGGUUGCUAUUUUGACUUCGAUCCUUUCUCAGGGUGUGUUGUUAAUCAAGCGGAUGACAUUACCUCGGGUCAACCAUGAACAUCAGACCAAAUCAAUCGUCUCCACCAUUGAAUGGGCUAAAUCGCUUCUCCAUGAAAACACAUGCUUUGAAGAUAUUUUUCUGAUGGGUCAUUCGGCCGGUGGUCAUUUGACAUCUCUAGUCACCCUAGACAAUUAUUUAUUUCAAAACGUGGGAAACAGUCAAACAGUCAUAAAGGGUGUUAUAUCCAUUUGUGGAGUGUAUGACUUAAAUAAUUUAUCCUCGCGGUUUCUAAAACAGUUCUAUCUCACUCCAGUAUUUGGCGAAAAGGCCUCCGUUUGGCACAAAGCAUCGCCUUUGACGCAUGCAAAGAUGGCCGCGAAAAGGGGAGAGAACUCUCCGAGACCAGCCUAUCUUUUAAUCAAUGCUGAGUAUGAUCUACAUCUAGUUAAAGACACCAAAGAUAUGAUAGAAGAAUUUUCUCAGGAUGACGUAUCUUACCGUCACGUGACAAUACAGGGGACCACGCAUUUUAGCAUUAUGAAUUUAUUUCAAAAGAAUAAUUCAGACAAUGUGUUAGUUGAGGCUUGUAGAACGUUUAUAAGAGAUGUGCAAUCAGGCCGAAUGUGAAAAACAUGCGCGUGAAACAGUGACGGAUUUUGAUUUAAUUUUUAUUAAAAUCUCAAGUAUAAAUUAUU